AAUGUUUAUCCCGUUUGAGCUCAGUUGAGAUAUAGUUUUACGUUCAGCACAAUGGUUCUCUCAAUGGAAAAAUGGGUUGGCAAAGUGGCCAUAGUAAGUGGUGCUAGUUCGGGAAUCGGUGCUGCAAUAGUCGACCAAUUACUCGAGCACGGUUUAAUUGUUGUUGGAGCUGCUCGCCGCUCGGAAUUAGUAGAAGAACGCGCUAAAAAACUUUCAAACAAAAAGGGAAAACUCCACGCAAUCAAAGCCGAUUUUACUAAAGAGGAAGACAUUUUGCGAGUUUUCGAAUGGACGAGUAAAAAUCUUGGCCCUGUCCACAUUCUCAUAAAUAAUGCUGGAACUACACGAAACUCAACUUUGACUGAAGGAAAAACCGAUGACUGGAAAGCAGUUUUGGAUUUGAACGUUCUAGGAUUAUGCACUGCGACGAGGGAAGCGGUCAAAUUCAUGAAAACCAAUAACAUAAACGGACACAUUAUCUAUCUGAACAGUAUUUUGGGGCACACUAUAUGUAUGGGACAUAUGAUCAACGUUUACGGGGCCGCAAAAUUUGCCGUCACUGCAUUGACUGAGACACUGAGGCAAGAAUUGAAUAGUCUCAACCUCAAAAUUAAAAUAACUAGUAUAAGUCCGGGUUUGGUCGAGUCCGAGAUGACAACAUUGAAGAAAGACCAACCACCGGAGAGCAAAGCAUUGUUUGAGACAAUGCCGAUUUUGAAAGCUGAGGAUAUUGCUGAUGGGGUUGUUUAUGCUUUAUCUACCCCAGAACAUGUCCAAGUUCACGAACUCACAAUAAAACCAGUCGGAGAGACAUUUUAAGAAAUUGCAAAGAAACAGUUUCAAAUAAAAAUGGAAUAAUAUUCUUUUACAAAUAUGUUAUACUAAACACCCUUACAAGUGAAACUCUAGAAUUUUUUCUAAUUAAUUAUAUCAAAAAUUUGUUUAGUUUAGACUGAAAUAAAGAUGGAAAUCCAAUAA